GUCGAAAUUCAACCUUGGGCGUACGAAUUUAAUUGUGAAAGGAACAGGUAAUUUAGUAAUUUUACCCAUUUCCGCCGUUUUGAUGUGGCAUCGCCGGCGGCCGUCUCUCCUCUCCCGCACGCUUGUAGUGUGAUCCUUCUUUCUAUAAACUAAACCCUAGUUCCGACGUCGACGCAGAGUAGUACCAGACGGCAUAGAAGUUGUUUGAUUGUGUCUUUGCAUCAUUUUUCAUAUGGCGUCGAUGAUGAUGUUCACAGACUGUUCAUCGUCCACCACUGCGCGUCUUCUGCCUCUCAGCACGAACAGAGUCAUCCAAAGCGGCUUCGUCCGCCUCCGCCGCUUACUGCUUCCUCUCCAUCUCCGCCCGCCAAGCCAUGCCUCACUUUCAAUCAGCACUGUUCAUAGCACGCCCAGCUCGUCGUCCCGAGUCACCGCUGCCAUGGCCAUGGAUACCUCUGCAAAGGUAAUUGAUGGAAAAUCAGUUGCAAAGCAAAUUAGAGAUGAGAUAACAGCUGAAAUAUCUAGGAUGAAGGAUGCGAUUGGUGUUGUUCCAGGGCUAGCAGUAAUCCUAGUUGGAGACAGAAAGGAUUCUGCAACUUACGUACGGAACAAGAAAAAGGCUUGUGAAUCUGUAGGAGUCAACUCUUAUGAAGUGCAUUUGCCGGAGGACUCCACAGAACAAGAGGUGCUCAAGUUUAUUUCAGACUUCAAUGACGAUCCAUCAGUCCAUGGCAUCCUUGUUCAGUUACCUCUGCCUUCACAUAUGAAUGAGCAGAACAUCUUAAAUGCUGUUACCAUUGAGAAAGAUGUGGAUGGAUUUCACCCAUUGAACAUUGGCCGCCUUGCCAUGCGAGGCAGGGAACCCUUGUUUGUUCCAUGUACACCUAAAGGCUGCAUUGAGCUGUUGCAUAGAUAUGGGAUUGCUAUCAAAGGAAAGAGGGCAGUUGUCAUUGGCCGGAGCAACAUUGUUGGAAUGCCAGCUGCUCUUUUACUGCAAAGAGAAGAUGCUACAGUAAGUAUCGUGCAUUCCAGAACCAAGAACCCUGAGGAAAUCACGAGUCAAGCUGAUAUUAUCAUCUCGGCCGUAGGGCAACCAAACAUGGUAAAGGGUAAUUGGAUAAAGCCUGGUGCAGUUAUCAUUGAUGUUGGAAUUAAUGCAGUUGAGGAUGCAAAAAGUCCUAGAGGUUACAGGUUGGUAGGAGAUGUAUGUUAUGAGGAGGCUUGCAAGAUUGCAUCUGCUGUUACUCCUGUUCCUGGAGGUGUUGGUCCCAUGACCAUUGCAAUGCUGCUUUCUAAUACCCUCAGCUCAGCAAAGAGGAUCCACAACUUCCUUUGAGACUUUGCAUUAGAGAUUUUACAGAUACUCUUUGGGAAUGACCCAACACAGCCCCCCAUUUCAACUUCAUUCCGACUGCUCCCACCUGGGUCUCCAGUUUACAAUAUUUGAGCUGCCCUACCCCCAAGGAUCAUGUGGCUGACUUACAUGUAUUUUUUUUUUUAAGAUUUAUGAAUAAAAAUAUCUAUCUAAAACAUGAAAAAAGAGAUUGCUUUAGCACAAUGUGUAUUUUUUUUUUUCAAAAAAUAUUCUUAUAUAAAUCUUAGUUGAAUAGUAAUGCUAAUGACAGUAUGCACAAA